AUGGACACACCUCCUAUAAAGAGAUCAGUGACUUAUAAUAGUGAUUCAGAUUUAAUAAACAAGAUUGUUAAUACAGAAAAUUUAGUUGAGUUAAUAGAAAAAAUAUAAAAGCAAAGGUAAGAUCCUUACAUAAGGAAUGAUCCACCUUAAACGUUAACCUUACCCCCAAUUUAACAUCAAAUAGAAAGAUAACACAAUAUAACUUAGAGAAAUUAAAAAAAAAAAUAAGAGAAAGAAUAUAUUCCAUUUACUUAUCCAAUUAAUCCAAAGAAGAUUGCCUAUUAUUAAGAGAAUAAUCUAUAUGGAAAAUUCAUAGAACCCACUGAAUAUAAAAAAAUAAAUUAUGAAUCUAUAAAAACUAUUGAAUCUGCGAUAUCAGAAUAAUUAGUCAAUGAAAGUAGAUUAAAACGAUCAAUGACAGAACGUAAAGAUGAAGCACAUAAGAACAAAUUCAAAUUAAUUUAGUCAUCAACAGAAGAUAAUUUAGAAAAUGAAAAAGCCAUAAAAAAUUAUACCUUAUCAAAAGUUGAUUACGAAAAUUUAGAAGCACUGUAUAGCAAAUAAGGAAAAAUGAAUAAAAUAAUAAAAAAUGCAUUGAAAAUUAAAUCUCAAUAAAGAGAUCCUGCGAAUGCUUCCAAAUCUGUUUUAUCAGAAAGAAUAUGAUCAUAAAUAGAGUUAAAAGAACAAUAUGAAUAAUCAUUGGAUUUAGCUUUAUAAGGUUAUGUUGUCUAUGAUGAAAAAUAAUUUGAAAAGAAACAAGCAAACUGGUCUUCCUUGUUGCAAAGAUUGACUUUAAAAUAGUAUACCAAUAGAAGUUUGAAGUAGCAAUCAGUUCAUCAGAGGAAAUAACUCUUUGUUAAUAAAACCCUAGAUAUUCAAGAUAAAUGUUAGGAAAUAUUAUAUGAAUGAAGUAUGGCUAAUAUAUAUACUGUAUU